CCCCACCCCCCACCCACACACACCUGGCCCUCCUCUUCCUCGCCCUCUCCUGCGUCUACACCAAAGGGGCCGCACUCCCCGGGCCAGGUCUGACGCGGAGGGCAGGCGGUGGGACGGGAGUCGGCGGCCACGGAGAGCCAGGCGGUGAGGAGGCACUUGUUGCUCUAUGUUUUGCAGCCGCCUCUGGCAGCUGCCUCGCAAAGGUCAGCUCUCGGGUUGGACAGCGGGCUGGGAAGCUCUCGCGUCGCCAAGUUGAGAGUCCUUCGAUGGGGGGAGGACAAACUAGAGGGAGCAGGGCCGAGGGUUCUGGUCGGAAUUGGAUUGCCUGGAUGGAUUGAGCAACACUCAACAGAGGGAGCUUGCAUCGAGCACAACAGCUCUAGCUGGCAGUGUCACCUUCUGCCAAGGCUCUGAAAUGCCAACUAUGUCGAGGCCUGCACUGGAUGUCAAGGGCGGCACCUCCCCGGUGAAGGAGGAUGCCAAUCAAGAGAUGAAUGCUUUGGCCUACUCUAACCUAGGGGUAAAAGAUCGAAAAGCAGUGGCCAUUCUACACUACCCUGGGGUGGCAGCAAACGGAACCAAGGCCAGUGGGGUUUCCACUAGCUCCUCAGGCUCUCCAUCUCCAAUAAGCUCUCCUACUGCCACCCCUCCCACUAAACCCCCACCCUUCAACCUGCACCCUGCCCCUCACCUGCUGGCCAGUAUGCAGCUGCAGAAACUUAAUAGUCAGUAUCAUGGGAUGGCUGCUGCCACUCCCAGCCAAUCUGGGGAGGCCGGGCCCCUGCAAAACUGGGGCUUUGGGGCACAGGUGGGAGGAUUGGGGACCGUUUCUCCUACUGGUGCCCAGAGCCCUGCUAUAAUCGAUUCAGACCCAGUGGAUGAGGAAGUGCUGAUGUCGCUGGUGGUGGAACUGGGACUGGACCGGGCUAAAGAGCUUCCAGAGCUGUGGCUGGGGCAGAAUGAGUUUGACUUCACUGCGGACUUUCCCUCUAGCUGCUGAUGCCAAGUAUCCCUAAAGAUGAAGGAAUAAAGCCACCAAUUCUGUUGUAAAUAAAAAUAAACGUUACUUGCAAAGAGA